AUGGAUCGUAGCACUGCAAUUGCUCCGUGGAAGAAUCCGAUUUGGUGCGAAACUCUGUUCAAGCCACUACAUUUCGAUUGUCAGCGCAUGCAGAAAAACUGGGCAGUGGCAGCGGGCACUGUCGCUGCUCAGCGAGAUGCGGGAGGCGAAGCUGGUACCCACAGUCAUCUUCAGCUACAGCGCUGGGAUCAGCGCGUGCGGAAAGGGCGAGCAGUGGCAGCGGGCCCUAGCGCUGCUGAGCGAGAUGUGGGAGGCGAAGCUGGAGCCCGACUCAGCUACAGCGCUGGAAUCAGCGCGUGCGAAAAGACCGAGCAAUGGCAGCGGGCUUGUGCGCUGCUCAGCGGGAUGUGGGAGGCGAAGCUGGAGCCCGACGUCAUCAGCUACAGCGCUGGGAUCAGUGCGUGCGGAAAGGGCGAGCAGUGGCAGCGGGCUUGCGCUCUACUCGGCGAGAUGCGGGAGGCGAGCGUGGAGCCGAACGUCAUCAGUUACAACGCUGGAAUCAGCGCGUGCGAAAAGAGCGAGCAAUGGCAGCGGGCUGUGGCGCUGCUUAGGGAGAUGCGUGAGGCGAAAUUGGAGCCCGACGAAUCAGCUACAACGCUGGGAUCAGUGCGUGCGAGAAGGGCGAGCAGUGGCAGCGGGCUUGUGCGCUGUUCGGCGAGAUUCUGGAGGCGAAGCUGGAACCCACAGUCAUCAGCUACAGCGCUGGGAUCAGCGCGUGCGAGAAGGAGCGAGCAGUGGCAGCGGGCUCUGGCGCUGCUUAGGGAGAUGCGUGAGGCGAAAUUGGAGCCCAGAGAAUCAGCUACAAUACUGGGAUCAGUGCGUGCGAGAAGGGCGAGCAGUGGCAGCGGGCCCUGGCGCUGCUCAGCGAGAUGUGGGAGGUGA